AGCCAGUGAGAUCAGAGCAGUGCUGCGGCAGGACACAGACUGAGAAUAUAAAGCGGAUCACGCUCGCGUCUGUGCGUGGGAAUCGGCAGCAAAUACAGUCCCGUUCUCUGACACUAUGAAAGCUUUCAGCCCAGUGAGAUCUGUCCGGAAAAACAGCCUAACGGAGCACAGCUUGGGGAUAUCCAGGAGCAAAACGCCAGUGGACGACCCCAUGAGCCUCCUGUACAAUAUGAACGACUGCUACUCCAAGCUGAAGGAGCUGGUGCCCAGCAUCCCGCAAAACAAGAAAGUCUCCAAGAUGGAAAUCCUCCAGCAUGUCAUCGAUUAUAUCCUGGACCUGCAGAUGGCUCUAGAUUCUCACCCCAGCAUUGUCAGCCUCCAUCACCCCAGACUGGGACCAAACUCCUCGUCCACAAGAACCCCACUGACCACCCUAAAUACAGACAUCAGCAUCCUGUCACUGCAGGCGUCUGAUUUAUCAGAAUUUAGCACGAAUGACAGCACGAAAGCUCUUUGUCCUUAAACAAAAUGGUGUUCAGCUGACUGUAUUUUUUUUUCUUGCACAUCAUGGCUACAAGACUUCUUUUUAUUAUUUGAGUGCUGAAUUUGUACAGCUUGUGAAAGAAGUGGGGGAGAUCAACGUGGCUAUGAAAAAAGGGACUUGCAUCAGAUUUUUUUUAAAAUAAAUAUAUAUAUAUAUUACCCCAACACCAUUUCCCCCCCCCACCCCAGAAUUCUCAAAAUCAAGCUCUUUUUGGACUGCUUUUAGUUAUUUAUGAAAGACUUUAUUAUACGGUCCUUUUCCAACACGGGGAAGGCUUAAUAAUCUACUAUUAUCUCCUGCAUGGGGAUUGAAAGUUUAAAAAAGUGUCAAGGGAUUUGGCCACUGUAUCCACCUUUUCUAAAAAGGUACAGUACCUGGCGAGGAGGCGAUCACAAGUAUUCGACGAUCAAGACUUCUGCUCGGACUCUGACAUGGGAACUGAAUGCUAUUAUUGUACAUAGCUGAUCAAGACAUGGUGAAUUCCUAUUUUUUUGUUUUUUUUUCCUCCCCCUUGUACAGUGGCAGAGAUCUCAUUUCUGCAAAUGUGUAUGAUGUACUUAAAUCAUGCUAAACUUUUUAUAAAAGUUUGGUUGUAAGCUUUUUAUACAGAAUAAAUCGAUUGUGUUUAUUGAA